AUGGGAAAUCGAGAAUCUUCACCGUCUGUUUCUUCUUCUUCUCUAAUUAGUUUUGAAGAAGCUCGAGAUCUACUGAGUGCAGAUGAGUUAAAAAGAUUAGAAACGGCAUGGGAUGGUAGAGAUUUAUUAUCUGAUGAAGAAUUUUUUAAUGACGUUUUAUGUCAUCCUGGUAUCCCACGUUCGACAAGUACACUUAUUUUCGAAAAGUUUUGUCAAGGAUCAGCAAAAUUGUCAUUCCAAAAUUUUAUUGUCGGAAUUGUUUUGUUGACGAAAGUCGAUACUGAUACCCGAUUUGAAUUCUUGUCAGAUGGGCAUGAAUUAACUCGAUGGAUCAAUCAUCCACCACAACUUACAUCUCGCCUUUCGGAAAUUCACUACAACUUUUAUCAAGUGCUUGCAGGUGUUACACAUCUUGAUGAAGCAGAGGUCGAAGAAUUGGAAAAAGUCUUUGGUUCAAUCAACGAUACGAAAUUAUGUAAACUUACUAGGAAUGGUUUUGGCACAUUGCUGGGUGGUGCUAUUGACGAUCAUUUUAUUGAUGGUUUAUUUCGUGCAUUUGAUGAAAAUGGUGAUGGAUUAGUCGAUUUUAAAGAACUUGUUUGUGGACUUUCUGCUUCUUGUCGAGGACCCGACAGUGCUCGUCUCAAUUUUAUUGCUCAAGUUUUCGAUUCAGAUAGUGAUGGCUACCUCUCAAAGGAAGAUAUAAAUUCCUUGUAUUCCAAAUUAAACCUUAAUACGGAGGUGCAAAAAAUAAACGUAGAUGAAUUAGGCCGUGCUUCGUUAACAGAUUUUGUUUGUUGGGCCAAUGAAACAAAAUGUGUAGAUCAUUUGCUUGAAAUAAUUGUUCAGCUGGGUCAUAUUUGUUUGGGAUUGCAUCCAAGUUCGGCUGAAGUUGAAUUGACAGUCGUCAGUGAAUUCAAGCGUCGUGUUGAAUUGAGCGCAUUCAAUGAGUGGAAUAUAAUUUCCUCAGAAUGGUGGCGUCAGUGGGUGUAUGCACUGAUGUCGCAUUCAAAAGUGCCUCCUAUCAACAAUGCAUCAAUUAUCGCUGUCAAGCAAAAAAAUGAUUGGUCCAAUAAGGUUCCUUCGUUAUCAAAUGAGGGUGCGCCAUUAGCUCAAAACUUAAUAAUGAAUAAGAAUUUCGAAGCUUUAGCACCUUGCCUUUGGAAAGCAUUAUUGCGAUGGCAUGGAAGUGCUGCACGGGAAGGAAUUUCGCUUCAGCGACGCAUUGUUCCUGCAAAAAUUUUGGAUUCAAAAGCAGUAAAUCCUACUCAACCUGUUAUAGAACUUUAUCCAUUGACUUUAUUAAUACUUAGACAUGGAACGGCAUCUGGAGGAUGGUUACAUUCUGCUUUCGAAUGGAAUAAGGAGUCUUCUUUGCGCAGGUUACCAUGGUGUGUUGUAUCGGAAUCGCGUAUUUGUACAAUUUCUGAACUGUUAGAGCUUCUAGCACACCAAUUGCAUAUAGAGGAUAUUGAAUCUGCUCGUUUGUGGACUAUCGAAGUUGAUGGUGCACCAUGCAAGCGCUUGUUGGAUAACGAUAAUCUCACUCUUAAUGAUCUCAGAAUUAAGCAAAACGCCCAAUUUCUUUUGGAGUUACGCAAUGCUGAUAUGAGCUGGCCAGAAGAAGUUAGCUGCUUGGAAUGUAUCAGUAUUGAAGGAGAUACUGGAGAAAAUUCAGAUGGUUUCCAUGUUCCUGGUAUCACCGGCUUGUAUAAUAUGGGCAAUACAUGCUACAUGAACAGUGCCUUGCAGUGUUUAAGUAACACGCGACCAUUAACAAAUUAUUUUAUUCAAGGUCGACACAAAGAUGAUAUGAAAAGGUUGAAAUCAAAAGGAAUAAUAGCUCUGGAAUACGGGAACGUCGUUAAAGAGCUGUGGUCUGGUAAAAAGCGAAACAUUGCUCCGAUUAAAUUACGGGAUGCCAUCAGACACUGUACUGGUUCAGUAUUUGCUGACCGAACGCAACACGAUUGCCAGGAAUUUUUAUCUAUUUUAUUAGAUAUGUUGCAUGAAGAUUUAAAUCAGAUUGAGAGCAAGCCAUUUAUUGAACUCAAUGACAGCGAUGGUCGACCAGAUUCUGUUGUCGCUGAAGAGGCUUGGGAUGCUCACCUUAAACGUGACAAAAGUAUUAUUGUAGAUUUGUUUACUGGUCAGUUGCGCUCAACACUUACUUGUUUAGAUUGCAAUGCAGUAUCGUGCAGAUUCGAUGCUUUCACCUGCUUACAACUACCCAUACCAAUCGAUCAAUUACUUCUUAUUUCUAUUGUUGUCGUAAAGCGAGAUGGACAAAUUCCUGUACGUUAUGCAUUUCGCUUAAGUUAUGAUGUUACAAUCGGCAUGUUCAAGAAAGAAAUAGCAGCUAGUUCUGGAUUACGUUUAAACUCAUUUCAGAUUCUUUGUUUGAAUCGUGCAGGCCAGAUGUUGCAGGAAGUUAGCGAGUCAGUUGAUGAUGAUAAUAGUACAGUUUGCGUUUAUCCAAAUGAUGCGCUUUUGUAUGCAUUUGAAUUGCCUGCUGAAGAAGACCAAUCAAAUCUAGAACGCUUUGUAGCUGCAGAAACAAUUAUUGCUGCUCAUCGUAAAAUGCAAUACAAUGAUUCAUAUUUGUUGGGUGCUACUCGUGGUUGUGUCGCGCGUGUAUUUGGUGUUCCUCUCAUUUUACGCUUUACACCGGGUAAAACUACUGGUAGUAAGCUGUAUGAGGAAGUUUGGUUACAUGUUUCUCGAUUUUUACAAAAUGGAUUUCCUGGGAAGCAGCAGCGAGCUAGAGGAGCUAAUCGAGCUAUUGAUGCAGCAGAAGAUAUCAGAAAUGGUUAUCCGUUUGAUCUGUGUUGCGUAAAAUUAUCAUUUGAAUGGUGUUCAAAAUGUGAGUGGCCUGCAUUUUGUCGUGGAUGUUUGAUUCCGAACAAUGAUAGCAUCAUUGAAGAUAACUUGACAGCAGUUUCUGUUGAUUGGAAACCAACUGCUCUCUAUUUACGAUAUCAACAUUCUGUCGAAUUGCUAUGUAGAGAUGAUGAAUCAGUGUUGCGUGCGUGGGAAAUACACUAUCGACCAUGUUCAUUAUUGUCAUGUUUGCAUGAUUUUAUGCAAGCUGAACAUCUGGAUGAUGAGAUUGUAUGUAAACCUUGCAGUAAAAAGUCUCCAACAACGAAAUCAUUAGCUAUUUGGCGUUUGCCAAAAAUAUUGAUUAUACACUUUAAAAGAUUUGUCUGUGUCAAAUCUGAAAGAAAGUGGAUGAAGUCAUGCAAAGUAGUAGAUUUCCCACUGGAAAAUUUGGAUUUAAGAGAAUGGCUUCCAGACCCGAACGUCAAAACAUCAACUGUAUAUAACUGUUUUGCUAUUGCAAAUCACUAUGGUGCUAUGGCUUCAGGUCAUUAUGUUGCACAUGCGAAAAACGGUAACCAGUGGUUCAGUUUAAAUGAUAGUCGUUGCCAGGCUGUCAAAGAGUCGCAAGUUGACAAGAAAAGCGCUUAUUUGCUGUUUUAUGAAAGAAUGGAUCAGCCAUCAUGA